AUGAAAGUCAUCCUAAUGCCAACUAUGGCUAAAUUGCUGUGCUUUUUUUGUGGUAUGAUUUGUGGUCACUGUUACUGUGCCGGGGCAAAGCCCAAGAUACAACCAUGUAACAUGUACAUAAUGAAUGUACAGCUUGUUUACAUUAUUCGCUAUAGGUUUGAUUUGCGCCAGGCUUUGGGUGCUGGCUCUGUGGCGGGAGGUCUCGUCGUGUGCGGCUCACUGAGUGCUGUGGGAGCAGUGGCUGGUGCUGGGCUUGCAUUUGCUGUCAAGCGCUUGCUCGCUGACCAGGCCGGUCAAGCAGACCGCACUUCCGAGUACUACGACUGUCCCUUGCGAUUGCUUGGGAGUGCUGACGAUGUCUUUCACCUCUUUGGCGCAAGUUUGGAGUUUCCUCCUGAAGAUGGACUUGGCACUGAUGCUGAAGUGGAAGACACGCCCAGACUCGAGGCUGCAGGGUGGUACGCUGUUCGAGUACAGCCAGGGAGUGCUCCAGUGUGA